AUGGCAUAUCCUCCACCUCCUCAGACAACCAACGGCCACAUUGCGCAUCCAGAUCGACCGCCCGUCCCCGAUCCACCUAACUCUAGUCAAGUGACCAUCGCAGGCUACGAGAUGCUAGCGCGCGAGCUAUCAAACAAUUCAUCAUCCGUAAAACCCAUGUAUCGAAAAUUCUCAUACCUCAAUCACCGAAUCCUUCUCCACUUGCAAGACGAGCUACAAGAGCUAGAAGAACGACUACGAACCGUGGACGAGAUCGUCGCACAACUCGACCACUCUUCUUCCGAACAAACCACCCCAGCUUCCCGUCGAGGCGACGCAGCUUUCGGCGGCGACUGGCAUCACCAGAGAACAUUACUCCUCGGACGCAUAUUCCAGAAAACAGAACAAUACAAUCGUGCGCUGAAAAGUUUCCAAGAAUUAAGCGCAGAUCGAACAUCUCCAGAACCAGAACAGAUCGAAACUUAUCGGGAAUGGUUGAAAUUGAAAACUCCGAUUCAUGAAGUCGAGACGAAAUUUUUGGAUCAUGGGGAUGAUCUUUUGCUUCCGAAUGCCUCUCGACCAUCUCCUCCGCCACAGAAUCGAGAUCAGAUGAUCAUGUUUACUUGUCUUCCUGUGGGAUUGAUGUUACCGGUUCUUCUCUUCAGUGUCAUUCCCACUCUCGCGGGAAGAUUUCUCGUUACGUUUUUGAUCUCUGUCGCUGCGGGUUUUGUCACGGCUACGACGACGGGGAUUAGAGAGUUGUUGCUGGUGAAUGAGUGGGUUGUUUAUGGGAGUGCGUAUUUUUUGAUUAUGGCGGCUGUUGCUGGGGUUAUACCUCAGUAUGGGGGGAAUGCUGUGAUGAGUUCUUGA